AUGGGUUUCAAUGAGGGGAAAGCUUCAGUGGAGAUCCCCGAUGACGUUCUUGCUAACUCUACGCCGCUCUGGGAGGAUUUCCUCCUUGGAAAGUUUCUUGAUACUGCUCCUCAUGUUGGCAAAGUCCACAUGAUUUUGAACAAGAUCUGGAAACAGGGGACUGUCUCUUCCAAGAUAGAUGUCUAUGAAGUUAAUGCCACUAUUUUGCGGUUUAGGGUUUCUGACCCUAUUCUCAGGGCUAGGAUUCUUAAGCGGGGUAUGUGGAAUAUUGCUGAGGUUUCGAUGGUAGUCUCGUGGUGGUCCCCAAUUACUGAGAAAGAACAACCUGAAGAAAGAUUUAUUCCCCUUUGGGUCCAUUUAAAGAAGGUUCCGAUGCAUUUGUUCUCUUGGGCGGGGUUGAGUUUUAUUGCUAGUGCAGUGGGCUCUCCCGUCAGGUUACAUCCUGAGACUGGAACUUGUUCAAAUUUUGAUGUUGCAAAAGUUUUUGUUAAUGCGGAUCUAUCUAAGGUUCCACCAAUCAGUAUCUCCUAUUCAAAAAAUGGUUCUGAUUUUUCGGUUGAUUUUCAUUACCCCUGGUUGCCUCCUCGUUGCCCCCCAUGUGAGAAAUGGGGACAUUUGGCAGCUCGUUGUGGUGUUGACAAACCUAUGGAGGUGAGUCCACCCCCAGUGCAAGAGGAGCGGUCCUCCGGUUUGGCCUCUGCUACUAUGCUUGAAAAAGAGGAUACGACAAAUGUUGUACCACCGGUGCUAUCUGACUCGGGUUUUGUUUUGAUAGAGAAUACAAAUGGUUUGGUAGAUGAGGUACACUCGCCAGUCGGCCAGUCUGUUGCGUCUGAUGAAUGGUUUGUAGUGUCUCCCUCAAAAAUGAGUCGUAGCCCUGGUAAGUCUGCAGCUCAGCAAUCAACUAAACCUCCCAUAGUCUCAGCAUCCAAGUUUGUUGUUCUUAGUGUUAAUGAGGAUGAUGAGGAAGGGGAAAUUGUUGAGGAAGGUGUCACUGAAGUUGUUGGAAAACCGUCAACUGUCAACACUGACAACAGUUUGGGUGUGACCUCUGAGGAUAGUAUGCUACAAACUGCGUCACACACGACUAAUGCCACAAAUGACAAUGGUCGGGGCAGACGUCCCCCAUCGGCCAGAAUUACUCAACGUAAGCAGAAAGAAUGA